GUUCCCUGUGGGGGCAGCAUCUGGCGCAUGCGCGGUGUCCCGACUCCCUGCAAUGGCGGCGAUGAUGCUGGUGAUGCUGCGGCUGCGGCGGUUGUCGCGCUCCUGGGCCGCUGUGGAGACCGCGGUGUUGCAGGCCCUCGGCCUUCAGCGACCCAUAGCUCCUGCAUUGGCAUUACAAGCUCCAGCAUGCUUCCCCCAAUGUGACCCUGAGUCCUGUGAGAAUGACCAGUCUGACAGCCCUAGCUUCUUAGACAACAUCUUCCUGAUGGCAGCACCCAAGAAACGCCGCACCAUAGAGGUUAACCGCUCCAGGAGAAGGAAUGUCAGAAAACUAGAAAAAGUUAAGAACAACAUAGAAGUUUGCCAAAUAUGUGGCCACUUGAAAUUGAAGCACAUGCUGUGUGCCCACUGCUACCAGAAGGUUGUGCAUGAAACUGCCGUUGUACGUGCACAGAUUCAGGAGCAGGAAGGAAGGCCACUUAAUGCCCCUGCAGUGGAGACGGUCGUGCUUUAUCAGGGGGAGAAAGCAACAGAGGCCGACAAAGGGAAGAGGAUCAUUGAGAGGAACCGAAAGCGGCCAUCGUGGUUUACAGUAGGUUCCUGAUGUGGACAGUGCACAUGUAAUGAGUGCUGAGACAUUGUGGUUAAAAAUAAAAUACAGGCCGUCAAAAUGUGCCCCUGAAACUAGAAACACAAAAUGAUUGCUUGUUGACGCUGCAAGGUUUGUUUCAAGAACUUGGAGUGACCUAAAGAUUUUUAAACGCACAAAGUGCUUGAGUAACUCCGUUGAUCGGGCGACAACUCUGGAAAACAUGGUUAGGCAAUGUCUCUGGUAAGCACUCUUCAUCAGACUGACUCUGAAGAAGGGUCCCAACCUGAAACGUCCUCCAUGUUCUCCAGAGAGUCUGAAGAAGGGCCCUGACCAAAAACGUCAUGUCCAUGUUCUCCAUAGAUGCUGUCCCACCUUCAGAGUUAUGCUUGAACAUUGUGUCUUUUUUUGUAAACCAGCAUCUGAAGUACCUCCUGUCUACUGAUCUAAAAAUAUUUGUAAUAAAUUCUCUUCUAUGCAAAA